GCCGCCACUAUGCAUCUCUAUUUGUAAAUGAAUUGACCAAUACUUCCAAGCGAAGCUAUCCACUGCUUCCUUGAAGCUUACAUUGCUUUAAAGCUUAGAUCAGGAAUGUUUAAUUGUAAUUAUUUUUUCAUCUUUAAAAGGGGUAUUGGAAUCCCAGUCCUCAGUGGGAAGUUCCCAGUUAUCUUCCGCUUGCGAGGAUCCAUUGGCAAAUCCAAACAUGCAUUGGAAGGAUGCUAAUGUAGAGGACACAGGGGCACCGGAUCCAAGAACUGUGGCUUUUCACCCGGAACGACAACCUGGCAUUCAGAUGGGACGACUCUUGAGAUAUGGGGCCAGAUUGUUCAGAGAACCAGUAGAUUUUUUGAAGCUGUUUUUGACGGAAGCUUUGGUUUUUUCCAUCUGUGUUGCCACCAACUAUUAUGCUGAGAUGGCCAUAUCUAGAGGGGAAAGAUUGUCGUAUGCUUCCCAAGGAAGUUGGCAGCCUCUCACUGAAGAGGAACUGUAUAGAUUUUUGGGCAUUAUCUUAUAUAUGUCUGUCGUAAAGUUCCAGUCGAUAGAUAGGUAUUGGUCAACGCAUGCCCUAUAUCGGAACAACCCAGUACCAGGAAUUAUGUCUAGAAAUAGAUUCCAGGCUAUUUUGUCCUUCUUACAAGUAACUCCACCAGCUGAUAUCAACAAAGCUGAGAAGUUAACACGCAUACAGUCAUUGGUUGAUCAUGUUUGUGAGAAAUCGAAGGAAUUAUACCAGCCUUACAGGGAAAUAGCGGUAGAUGAGAGAAUGGUCGCCUCUAAGCAUAAGUUCUCGGGCAUUCGUCAGUUCAUUAAAGACAAACCUGUUCGCUUUGGAAUAAAGCUUUGGGUUGUAGCAUGUAAUAUGUCUGGCUAUACAUACAACUUUUUUGUCUAUCUUGGUAAAAAUAAUACUAUUUUUGCAGAUAAAACAAAGGGUAUUGGAUUUAAUGUCACUAUUACAUUGUGUAAACCUCUUUUUGAUCAAGGAUAUAGGUUGUUUACUGAUUGUUUUUAUACAUCUAUAGCUCUUGGCAAAGAAUUACUUGCUAGGAAAAUUUACCUUAUUGGUGUACUGAAAUCUAAUAGCUUGUCUAUACCUGAUGAACUUAGAAAUGUGAAAAUGUGGGAAAGAGUAGCCACUAGAGGUGAUUUUAGAUGGCACAGAAUUGAUGAAUUUGUAUUUGUGCAAUGGAAAGAUUGUAAGGUAGUUACUUUUAUGUCGCCAUUACACCAUGGCUCAGCUACAACUGUUUGUGAACGCACCAUGAAAUCUAGCUGCAAUAAUGUAGCCCUCUCUGAUUUUUUUUUUUUUUUUUUUUUUUUUAGGGAGAGGGCUACAACUCCUUAGGAUCUCCGUAAUGGUGCAAAUGCGGGAGUGAUUCACUCCCGCAACAUUUGCGCUCAUUCUAAACAUUUCCUGACUUUCUUUACGUAAAUAAAAUGAUAUAAUAUGUUUCUUAGUCAAUAUAUAAAUUUACAACCUGCAACUUUAGAUUUGUGAGGCUCUAUUGUACCGUUUUCAACAAUUUCGAUAAAUUCCAAUUUCUCGAUUCAUAUUUGUGCGCCAUGUUUGAUGUACUGAAGUUUCAACUUCCGGUUGUCAAGUCAUUUGCAUAUGCCAUAUAAGGUAGUAUUUACAUCAAUGGACAAGUAUGGAGGCGAAAGCUAUUUCGUCGGUAUUGAAAAGGUUUGAAUUGAAUAUCAAGUUAAAAACCGAACAGCAGAGUGUAAAUUCUUUCUGCAGCAAUAUGAUUUUCCUUUCUUUGUCGAAGUGGCUCGAGUAACUACAUUUUCGCGCUGAUUGUCAAUGUUUAGGCUUUUCAUUAGAUCCACCUACGAGAUCUCGCGAUAACAAGCAUGGCGGAGCAGACGAAGAAUUUUGCAUGCUGUACAUUAUAUUUAAUGAAAAACACCUUUAUUAGACAUGCCCGAGCACAAAGUUGGUACUCCUUUUGGUGUAAACAACAUUUGGGACUAAUACACAGAGUUUAUUGUCGGCUAUUCAUAAAAUUAUUUUGCACCAUUACGGAGAUCCUAUGGAAUUGUAGCCCUAUCCCGAAAACGUCAGAAUAAAAAAAAUUGGAUAGGGCUACAUUAUUGCAGCUACAUGAAAUCUAGAUUAACUUGGAACAAAAAAGGACUUGUACAACCUGUAGUUGCUAAUGAUUACAAUAAAUGUAUGGGAGCUGUAGAUCUUUCAAACCAGUUUACAAGUAAAUAUCCGUCUUAUAUUAGAGCACAGUAUCAUUGGUGGAAAGUUCUGUUUUUUCAUUUGCUUGAUAUCAUGGUUGUUAAUUCUUAUAUUAUUUUUGAAGAAUUUAGAAAAUUACAUGCCAAUCAGUUUACAAAUUGUUCUUCUGUAUAUGGACAACUUGAAUUCCGCGAAUCACUUGCCAUGUCACUGAUGGGUUUAAAUGAAAAGUGUGUAUCAAAAGAAAGUCCUAUUGCAUGUAUACCUGAAUUUUUAGAUAAAAGGAAAGACUGUACAUUUUGUAAUGCUGAGGCAAUUUUUAUGAAUGAGAAGGUUCCAAGUUAUAAGACAUCUGUAUUUUGUGUAUCAUGUCAAGUUCCUCUUUGUUUAUCAAAUGACAGAAAUUGUUUUAAAAAAUGGCACAGUAAAGAAGGGGAAGAUGUUAGAAAUUGUGCAAAUUUGUCAUGUAAAAAGAGAAAAUUAUGAAUAUACUGUGUUCUCAAUGCAUAUUUUUUUCUGAUGUCAGAGGUAUCACAAGUGAAUGUAAUGCAAUACACAUAAAAUGUGUGUAGUUCUUAAAAUCUGGAAUAUUUUACUGCAUGUACAUUUUUGUUUCAAUAUGUUAAAUGGCUUGUGUAAUUAACCACCAGAGGUUUUAAAAGGUUGUAUAUAAUAAGCACAUUCUUGUUAAACAUGAUGCAAGUGCAGUUAGAUAUAGUGAUUCAAAGCAAGUACAUGUACAUGUACUUGAACAUUCCUACGUGGAGAGGAAAAACGGGUAGUACUUUAUGAUAACAUUUGUUACGGUGUUGUUGCUUAGCAACCAAAUAUAUCUGAUGUAAAAAAAAAAAUCAAAUUAUUUUGAAUGAACAGUUAAAGAUCUUUAGUUUUGAUGUUGCAGUAUUCUAUCUAGUGGAAGAUAUUCACAGAACAUCAUAUUGUUAAAAAACGAUGUCAAUGUACAUUACGUACAACUUUUGAAUUUAUGACCUUUGACCUUAAUUAUCUCCCAUGUGUUCAUAAUGUUUGUUAAAAAAAAUUUAAAAUCAUUAAGAUCUGCCUACAUAUUAUAUUUUCAAAAUAAUGUGGCAUUUACUAAUAACCAUGAUAUGCAAUUAUGUUUAAAUUGUAUCAAAUGGCUGCAGAAAGGCAAAUUUUGGUCAAAAUUGCACUGCGAGUGUUGUUACUUAGCAACCAAAAAUAUUUAUAUGUCAAUAAAAUUAAUUAAUUU